AAUUCCCUCUUAAAUUACUGCUUUUCACUAAACUUUAAGUCGAAGCUCCCAACCUUGAAGUGCUCUGAUCGGCAGAAAUGGAGGGUUCACUGCCAUUGACGACGGCGGCGAAAGGCGGAGGAGAGAGAAGAGGCGUCGGAAGAUCAUCUGCUCACAAUUCUUCUUCGUCUUCUUCUUCCGCUAAACCUUCUCUUCUCUUGGCGUUCCUCUCUUGCGUCGCUUGUCUCUACGUCGCCGGCAGAUUGUGGCAGGAUGCUGAGAACCGAACUUUACUGGUCAAUCUUCUCCAGAAAAACUCAGACCAGAGACCAAAGGUUCUUACUGUAGACGAUAAGCUUAUGGUGCUAGGAUGCAAAGAUUUGGAGAAAAGGAUUGCCGAGGCAGAGAUGGACUUGACACUGGCUAAGAGUCAAGGAUAUCUAAGAAAUCAGCGGAAACAAGAUGGUUCUGUGGAUAGGAAGCUUCUUGCUGUUAUUGGAGUUUACACCGGAUUUGGAAGCCGCUUAAAGCGCAAUACUUUUCGAGGCUCAUGGAUGCCUAGAGGUGACAACUUGAAAAAACUGGAGGAGAAAGGAAUUGUCAUACGAUUUGUUAUUGGUCGGAGUCCAAAUCGAGGUGAUAGCUUGGAUCGUGGCAUUGAUGAGGAAAACCGCCAAACUAAAGAUUUCUUGAUUCUUGAAGGGCAUGAGGAGGCUCAAGAAGAAUUGCCAAAGAAAGCGAAGUUCUUCUUCAGUACUGCUGUACAAAAUUGGGAUGCUGAAUUUUAUGUAAAAGUUGAUGAUAGUAUAGACCUUGACCUCGAUGGGUUAAUUGGACUUCUCGAGAGCCGUCGUGGUCAGCAGAGUGCAUAUAUUGGAUGUAUGAAGUCCGGAGACGUGAUAGCAGAAGAGGGAAAACAAUGGUACGAGCCUGAGUGGUGGAAGUUUGGUGAUCAGAAAUCGUACUUCCGACAUGCUGCCAGUUCACUUGUAAUACUGUCCAAAAGUUUAUCAGAGUACAUUUUUGUGAACAGUGUAUCUUUAAAGACGUAUGCACAUGAUGAUACAUCAGUUGGUUCAUGGAUGAUGGGAUUGCAAGCCACUUACAUAGAUGAUAACCGUCUUUGUUGUAGUACCAACCGACAAGACAAAGUUUGCUCUAUGGCAUGAUCCCGGUGAAGGUAGAGAGAGGAACCAGGAGCAUUCGGGGGGUCGGGGGUUAAGUAGGAGCUGUAUAGAAAGAACGUGAGGCCUCCAUAAGCCAUACCAAGAAAAUUAUUAUCAGUACAUCCAUUAUUAUUGAUUAUAAUACAGGCCUUGUUCACACAGCUUAUAUUAAGCUCAUGAAUGCCAAAAUUUAUGAGUCCGAUAUGGAGAUAUAUUGUGAUGAGUGCUGAUCAUUAUCA